AGCUGCAGCACCAGCUUUAGACCUUCUCCUGUGAGAACAGCUGGAAAACAGAUCUAACUGGUCACAGGAGCCAAGAAAGAUUCUGUAGACGUCUGGAGAGUCUGAGUGACUGUAGAGCUUCACUACCAGUAAAAUGAAGGCUGUGCUCGUUCUGCUGGGUGUCCUCCUGCCUCUGAUCAGCUCUGGUCAAAGUGGUUUGACUGACCAGGGGCUGUUUUUCCCAAAACCGUCAGCCAAUUCCUUUGUAAAGCUCACCCCCCAGAAGCCCCUGAAUUUAGGGGCCUUUACUCUGUGUAUGCGUCUGUCUGUGGAUCCAAAUGUAGUUUCCAAAGAGAACCGUGACACCAUCCUCUUCGCUUAUCGCACCCAAAAAGUUGAUGAGCUUAACGUGUGGCAGGAGAAGGGCAAAAUCUCCCUCUGCCUGCAAACCAGCUCAGAUUGUGCUUUCUAUUCCGUCCCACUUCUCUCCAUCUUCCGCACAAACCUGUGUGUCACCUGGGAAUCCAGCACGGGUCUGACUGCAUUCUGGGUGGGCGGCCGCCGCAGCACUCUGCAGGUGUACAGGAAAAACCACAAGGUCCAGUCUGGUGGUGCUGUUAUUCUGGGUCAGGAUCCGGACUCUUUCUUAGGUAGCUUUGAGGAAAAGCAGAGUUUUGUAGGUGAGAUUACAGACGUGAACAUGUGGGAUUAUGUGCUGAAGGGUGAUCAGAUUAGGAACUUCAAUGAUAAAGUGUGGUUGGGACCAGAACCGAAUGUGCUUAACUGGAAUGUUCUAAAGCAUGACCUGAAUGGGAAUGUCCUUGUAGUGCCAGAAAAGUACAAAUAAUAUGUAAGACUCUUAUCUCUGUAAUAAGGUCCUGUAAACAAGUAGUGGGCCAUGCUUUCUGCAAUAGUGCUGUAAUCAGGCAUGUACCCGUAUAUAUACAUUCAUAAAAAUCAUGAUAAUUAUCCUGCAUUUAAGCAAAGUUUAUGAUAUCACAAUAUUGUUAAAAAAUCAAAAUAAAAACACUGUAUGGAUAAACAAA